UUCCUUCACAGAUACUUUUGCAGCUAAUGGCAGACUGACAUUUUGCUUUAGUUCCGUCAAGUUUACUUACUAAUAAAAAAGUACACUUUACCUAAAUGAAAUUUCCUAGAAAUUUAACUAUAGCAGAAUUGGUGAUACUUGCUAUAAUCUAAAAGUACGAUUAACCUAAAUGGAAUUUCCUUGAACAUUAACUGUAGCAGCAUUGCUGAUUGAUGUUACUUCAUACCAUCUUAUAGUACGAUUGACUUAAAUGGAAUAUCCUAGAAUAUUAACUGUGGCAGCAUUGCUAAUACUUCAUAUCAUCUAAAAGUAUGAUUAUCUUAAAUGGAAUUUCCUAGAACAAUCUUUGUAGUAGCAGCAUUGCAACGCAUCAUCUAAAAGUGCUAUUUACCCAAAUAGAAUUUCCUAGAGCUCUAACUGUAGCAGCAUUGCUGAUACUUCAUAUCAUCUGAAAGUAAAAUUUGCCUAAAUGGAAUUUCCUAGAACAAUCACUGUAGUAGCAGCAUUGCAACACAUUAUCUAAAAGUGCUAUUUACCCAAAUAGAAUUUCCUAGAGCUCUAACUGUAGCAGCAUUGCUGAUACUUCCUAUCAUCUAAAAGUAAAAUUUGCCUAAAUGGAAUUUCCUAGAACUUUAACAGUAGCAGCAUUGUUGAUACCUCAUAUCUUCGAAAUGAGGAACGAUUCUAAAGAUGGUGUUCAGUUUUUAGGGGUGGAAGGUCGAUAUUUAGAUAUUCUUAUGGAUGCAUUGGGUGUUAAUUAUUCUGUAAUUCUAGCUAAAGAUGGUGAAGCUGGUCGUUUAAAUAAAGCAGGAAACUGGACUGGACUUAUGCAUCUUUUACAGACAGGUGAAGCUGACAUAGCUCUUAGCGCUCUCUCAAUAACAAAGCAAAGGGAAUUAGCUGCUGAUUUUACCCUACCUUACUACAUAGACGACACUACCUUUGCAGUACGUCGUAAAAAAGAUUUGCCCCAAAUCUUGGCCUACAUAUCUCCAUUUCAAACCCAAACAUGGAUUUGGUGUAUUUUUUCAAUGUUUCUCAUGCCGUUAUUUUUCAUACAGUUUACCAACACUAAAAUCUCUUUUGAAAAGGUUUAUUUUCAGCUAUUCGGAAACGUUUUGAGGCAACCUAUCCGUAUAAAUUCUUAUUACUCGAGAGGUAAGAUCUUGCUCACCACAUGGUUUAUAUUUGGUACAAUUGUUUCUACGAGUUAUUCAGCUGUUUUAUUGGCAUUCUUAGCAAUUCCUUUGGAGCAAAAACCGAUCAGAACGUUCCAAGAACUUUCCAGAGUCGUGGAGGAUGGAACUUACAAAGUUUUUUCACCACAUGGCAGCUCGCACGUGGGGUUGAUGAUGCAGUCUGAAACUGAUCACUUUCGAAAACUUGGGGAAGUGAUUUCAAAAAAUAGGUGGUAUUUUCGAAAAUGGAACAUUAAUACGAAACACCUUCAACCUAACACUGCUAUCAUUGGUCACUUGAGUUUUUUGCGAGUAUUUUUUUCAGGGCCAAAGGAUAUAUUCAUAUCAGACGAUAAACUUGUUUCUUGCAACAUCGCCAUUGCAGUAAGAAAAGGCUUUUGCUGCAAAUCUAUGCUAGAUGAAAUGAUAGUUAGGCUCAUGAACGCUGGCAUUAUGGAAAAGUUGAUUAAUGAUGAGAUAUAUAAAACUAUGGAAAAAGACAAAACUCAUUUUCGCAAAAAUAAAAAGUUAGCACCGUUAAGAGUGGAAGAUGUUGCCGGUUCUUUGAUAUUGCUUUUUAUUGGCUUAGUUACAUCGUCCAUAGUUCUUAUAGUGGAAGUGUUUCUAUUUAAAUUUCAAAAAAGAGUGGGAUAAUAGGAUGAGUUUUGCCUCAUUAAAAUAAACCACAUCAAAUCUGCUGCACACAUCCGCCGAAAGAACCUAUC